CAAACCACCCGCUUUGUUUGUUGCGUUACGCUCUUUUCUAUAUCUCUGUCCAUUUCCUACAUCUCAACCAAAUUUUACACCCCACCACCGCCCCUCACCGCGGAGCCAGACGCCAGACGGUGGCCCAAAGUUGCGGCCGACGACCAAUAAAUUCAAUUCAAUUGGGCAGAAACGCUGAGAGGAGUAACUGAAAAUAGGAAAAUGAUGAGGGAUGUGUCCAGCUUCAGUACGUACAACUAUGGCGACGCUCUGUAUUGGGACGCUCGCUACGUUGAAGAGGCUGGGAGUUUCGAUUGGUACCAGCGGUACUCUUCUCUCCGCCCAUUCGUUCGCCACUACGUCCCCACUUCUUCACGCGUCCUCAUGGUGGGCUGUGGCAAUGCCCUGAUGUCAGAGGAUAUGGUGAAGGAUGGGUAUGAAGACAUAAUGAACAUUGAUAUCUCUUCAGUUGCAAUCGAAAUGAUGAGCAAAAAAUAUGAGUACAUCCCUCAGCUCAAAUACAUGAAAAUGGAUGUCAGGGAUAUGAGUGCGUUCGCAGAUGAUUCAUUUGGCAGUGUCAUUGACAAGGGGACUCUUGAUUCUUUAAUGUGUGGCAACGAUGCCCCAAUUAGUGCUGCUCAGAUGCUCGGAGAAGUGAGCAGGCUGCUGAAGCCUGGAGGAACUUAUAUGUUGAUAACUUAUGGUGAUCCCAAGGUAAGGAUGCCUCAUUUGAUGCGCCCAGUAUACAAUUGGAAGAUUAUGCUGUAUAUAAUACCAAGGCCAGGGUUUCAUAAACCUGCUCCUGGUUCGUCAUCAUCAUCAUGUGCAUAUUUGGAACCAGUUCCAAUCACUGAGAAUGGCUUACUUCCAGUAGACUAUGUUCUGCAAGAUCCAGAUUCUCACUUCAUCUACAUAUGCAAAAAGAUGGAUGAAAAUUCGGAGCUCAAUGAGGAUAGCUCCUCGUAUCCUUUGAGGGUUGAUAAAUCAUUAUAGGAACAUUUCAAAAAUCAAGCUGCAACUUAAGCUUCUUCUGCAGGUUUGUUGGAGACCAAAGACAUCGAAUCAAUGUUGUUUCCCUCCAGUAGAAGAAUAUCUGGAAAAGCAAAGAACUGAAAACAGAGAAGGGAAACAAGCAAGACUAUGUCACAGAUUGUAGCUUAGAUACUGGAAUAAGAGCUUCCGCUGCUCCCUCGUUAUCCUAUUCAGUAGGGGUGAUUCAUCCCUGUAGCUUAAUUUGACCCCUGGGAUGCUUUUUGGUUUGUGAUUCUUUUUUAUCUUUCUGCUGAAAAUUAGUCCAAUUCAGCUGCCACCGCACCACAUUAUUAACCCAACUCUUGCCCUUAAGUUGUCCAAAUUCGGAUAGACUGUUGGUCCAUUUUUUCGCCACAUCAGUAAAAGCUCAUUAAUGAACCUGAGGAGGUAUUGGUGUUUUUUUCUUUAUAAGAAGUGAAGUGUUACUGGAGUUGACAGUAGUGAAAUGGAGACGAAAUCAAACUUGUGUUAGCUUUAUUAGGCUGUGUUGAAGCAUCGAGAAGCCCUCUUCUCCUCUUCCGCGUUCAAUUCUUUGUUACGCAAAAAAUAGAAUUCGGG